UUCGGAGACGAUUUACUUUCGAGCUGGCUCGUUUCCUGUCCGUACGAACUCGUGAUGUUUUUAAACGUCAUGGACUGCUCAUGGAUCAAUUUCCACCCCGGCCAAUAGGUUGGGAUUUCGAUAGUAGUACAAACGAAAACGAUCAUCAUGAUGGCGAUGAGGGAAAUUCGAGUGGCAACGAUGAAGGAGGAGGAACAGAGGGAACAAGAGGAGGACAAGACAGAGACCAAGACAGCAGUCGAGAAGGGAAUCAUGGCGUGGAAGAGAGCAAGAGCUUCGAGCCAGAGGACCUCCCGCACAACAAAAGACGGAGAGACAGACAAGAAGAAGAGCUGCCAAAAAGUUGCUGCCAAAAUGACGAUGAGAAUAGUGAUGGUAGUAGUGGUGAAAGCAAGAAGAAUGAUAGAGAGAGCACUCCUAAACGAAGUCGAGUGCAGGGUGACAGUCUUAGUAGACACGUGCAGUUUUCUUCUGUUAUUACUACGGUAUCUGUCUUUAAUCCUGAGAAUAGCGUAGCUCCCCCUACGACGCUCGGUCCCGGGGUCCCAGAUAGUGGACUAUAGAAACAUUUUGUGUUUCCCGCCGCACUGAGACUGACGUCUUUUCAGUGGUCAGCCGGUUAGCGCCGUCGAUGCUAAUAAUAAAAGCACACACACAACUACGUACCGUCCUAGCUGCAUUUUCAACAAAUGGUCUUGGCAAAGGCACCAAUCGACUCAUCGUUGCUAUCGCCAAACACUUGGCGCACGAAGCUUUUUGCCGGGGGAAUUUCGACGACGAAAGAGCGUUAGUCCGCCUGAAAGCUUUUCAUACCUACAGGAUUCGGAGACGGUUUACGUUCGACCUAGCUCGUUUUCUGUCGAUGCGAACUCGCGAUGUGUUCAAACGUCAUGGGCUACUGAUCGACCAACUUCCACCAGGGCCAACCGGUUGGGAUCUCUGCGACAACGAUAGUNCGAAAGAGCGUUAGUCCGCCUGAAAGCUUUUCAUACCUAGACAGGAUUCGGAGACGCUUUACCUUCGAGCUAGCUCGUUUUCUGUCCAUGCGAACUCGCGAUGUGUUCAAACGUCACGGGCUACUGAUCGGCCAAUUUCCACCAGGGCCAAUCGGUUGGGAUCUCUUCGACAACGAUAGUGAAGAGGAUAAUUCUUUUGGGAGUGACGGAGACGAAGGAAAUAAAAAGGGAAGAGGAGGACUAAGGUGACGGUGGAGGAGGAAAACAUGAGGAGUGUAAGAGAGCAAAGGGUUUGAGCCAGAUGACCUUCCCCAAAAGAAAAAACGUAGGACUAGGGAAGAACUGCCCAGAGAUUCUUGUCAAAAUGAUGAUCAGAAUGAUGGUAGCGAACACAAGGAGGAUAGACUAAUGGUGAAAGUACUCCAAAACGAACUCAAGUACAAGGUAGUAGCCUUGGUAGACAUGUGCAGUUUUCUUCUGUUACUGCUGUUUCUGUCUUUGAUCCGAAGGAUAGUUUAGCCUCCCCCAUGCUGCCCCCUCACGGGGUCCCAGUUCAUGGCAGAUAAAAGUGUUUUGCGUUUUCAACCGCACUGAGACUGACUGUCUUUUCAUUGGUCAGCCGGUUAGCGCGGUCGAUGCUAAUAAUAAAAACAUACACAACAAUGGGUGGCGUAGGAGCACCGCUCGAUAAACGGCUAUGAAACGGCUACGAAAUCGUGUACUAUCUCCAAGAGUUUGAGCGCCACAGAGUCAUACUCGAAGGCGAAAAAUGGCCAAUCUGAAAAAAAUGCCUCUUCAAGUUUUUUUCGUGCGCAAGUUUUUUUCGUGCUGCGCGCGAAAAACAAUAAAAUUCUGGGUUCCAACGUUAAAUUGACACGAAAAUUUUGGGCUGAGAUUGAUUGACACCACACAAAGUGACGGUUGGCAAAUUGACACGAAAAGGGUAACGGGUGGUAGAUUGGUAAAUUGACUCGAAAAAAUAUUCCGCCGCACGUUGCCUGGCGAAGGCCAGCAGCGGCGUAACCUUAAGUUAAAAAAAAAUCAACCCCAGCUGCACCGCUGCACCGCCGGGAAACCCAACGGUCGCGCUCCCUCAUCACCGCACCCGACACGGAGCGAGGGGAUGGGACGCCUUGCGCGAGGUAGAAUCCGCUACGAGCGGUAUGAUGUGUGCAUGCAGGUUCUUCUGCUUGCUGUGUUGUGCGCGCUAGCUGGAGAGGAGGACAUAUUCCUCGUGAUGGCCAUGUUUGGCGUAGCAAAGCUGGAGACAGACAUUUUUUUUUUUUUUCUCCCAUCAUUGGACUCUGUCGUCUGCCUCUCUGGCCCCUAUCCUCCACUUCUACUAGCUAGACGACCCAACCGGGGUUACAUAGGAGGGGGGGGCUGGACCCCCUCCUGCGGUUCUUGCCUGAGGUGAAAAUAUUUUCACCACAUUUUAAUAAAAAAAUUAUUAUUAUAUAAUAUAUUAUUAUUAUUAGACUAUUUUUCUUAAUAUGACACAACGAGUACAUCUCCAUCAUAGAAAAGAGUCAUAGACAGAUUAACAAUGGAAUCAUAGAGUCAGAGAAAACUACCUGUAUGUCUACGAUUUCACAGACAGCAUAUAGGGACAUCUCCCCUGCGGGUAACAGACUCAACAAAUCAGUUUGGUAGCUGUCUUGUGUGUCUCAUAUAUGUUAUGUUGGGAAGGUGCAGACGAGAGGUGUUGGGUACUGUUAGUCGGGCGUUUUGUGUGUGACCUGUGAUUCUGACAUGAAAACGUGCGGCGUAACCUCUCGUGUCAAAAUUCUGACGUCUCCUGUCAAAAUACUGAUCUCGUGUCAAAAUUCCUGACACACGUGGGACCCAUGUAACAGCCCAGAUUGUCACUAUUAAUGGUUGCUGAGCCCACCGCCAGGGUGCAAGGCACAGCACGCCAUCACGCACAGCACGCCGACGACCCCGAUCGGUAAACAAGAGAGAGGUUUGCGAACAUAAGCGUCAGAAGAGGGAGUACAGGGAGCUCUAUCUCUUCCCCAGCACGGUCACCCGAGGAUGGCAGGCUCAGAUGUUGUAGCGCCAAUCGCUCUCGGGGCUUUUUUUUUAUUGGCCAGUUACCUGAAUCUCAAUGAUCCGGACUGGAUCUUGUGGUCCACGGCCUAUGCUCUCGGUGCGGUGGUUUGCGGCCGGUCCGCGCUGCAGGCGGCCGGGGCGGUUGGGCGGGGAGCACGAGGGACUGCGAAGGACGAUGGUUCGUACACCCGCAGGAUGACUGCCAUGGCCUAUGGGGCGGCGUGCCUGGGACUGGCAGGACACAGCGCUUUCUUGGCACCGCGAGGCGAGCCUCUAGAAACCGGUAACGACGGCGUUGUCUUGACUUUUCUCAGCAGCGAGGUUGCCCGGGAGGCCGGCGGCGCCUUCAUCCUGGCUCAGACCAUGGCAAUGUGCGCGUUUGUCUGGCGACCGAGAGAUGCAACGGCAACUGGUGUUCCUUCCACGCCCGGAAGGGCCGUGAUUGGGGUCGUGAGCGUCGCGGUAGCGCUUGCCGGAGUUCUUCUUGGCGUGUAUUUGCCGGGGUAUCUUCAGCGCGCGGGAAUCGCGGUACCUGCCCACUGUGGGGGCGCGUAGUUGGAGUGGUUGUUGUUGGGAUUGUUCAAAGGUAUGGGUGUAUAGGCUAUAAUAUAUUUUGUGUGUCGCUGAGCUGGUGUUAGGGGUCGUUUGUCGAGCGACAGGCAUUUCUGAACCACGGCAACCAGAGGCAUCUGCGUCUGCUUCUGCGCUGUACGGUACUCUGUUGAGCUGUGCGAGCAGCACGACCGUUGUAGAUUUUGUGGUCAGACAGCUUCCUCACCCCGUAGAGGGGCACCCGCUUCUGAGGUGUCAACUCCUAUUCCAGGAGCACGAGGUCCCUGUUGUGACAAGCAUAGCGUUGAACAAGUUCAUUCAACAGAGCAGCCGUCGUGCAUUACUGUAUUAGAGGGCUGUUUGUUGUAUGCAUACCAUGGGGAUGGCAGUAAACUGCUGCUUCUGCUGCGGUGCUUGUUCUUGUUCUUCCGGCUUUUGCGCAUGGACUCAUUGCUAAGGCAAACGGACUUCUUUUGGACUACAAAGGUACAAAAAAACAGUGUGUCAUUCGUCU